AUGUUUCAGUUUACCUUGAAACAUGUCAGAGGAAUCACCUUCUCACCAGAUGGCUUGUCGCGACGACGACCUGCACCUGGAGAUGAAGAGUAUCCCAAUGACGAAGAGGAAAUCUUCGACGAGCCACCACCAAAGAACAACGAGAAUUGGGACUACGACACAGAACAACCAUUAGACUUUGAAGAGUUCAAAAGGGACAUUGACACCAGAGGUGGCUACCUUAACUCUAUGGUCGGGUGUGCUGAGUCGGUCGACAACAUAUCCAAAGAGCUAGUCGAAGCUUGCGACUCUCGUCGCGCUGAGAAUCGGCGUGUCAAAGACGCAUAUGACGCUCAAGGGCUCGUCGUCCCAGUCUUCAUGUUGAACGAUGUGGCAAACGGAGAACCACUUUUGCCUGAUCUUGAACUGCGCGACAAUCCUGAGGAUCCCUAUAUUGAGGAUCACCGGACUGGCACAGGGAUCGAACAGGACAAUAAGUUGGUGAUGGCUAGGAAGUGGCUGAAAGACAAUUCUGUAAGGCCUGAAAUGACAGACAAACGGUUCAGAUCGUUUCUCAAAUUCUCGCGACAGUUUUUCCUCAAAGAUGGAAAAAUGUACAAGAGAUCGACCAAUGGGAUUCAUAGACUGGUCGUGGACAAGCGCCACAGGACUUAUAUGAUGAAGGCGUGUCACGACGCGCUGGGUCAUAAGGGUCUUUUCAGCACUAAGAGCCUGUUGGAAACUCGGUUUUGGUGGCCAGAAAUGGAAAGAGACGUCGACUGGUGGAUAAAGACUUGUCAUAGCUGCCAAGUCCGCCAGAAAACUCUCCUCCGCACUCCACCGACGCCGACGAUGACUCCAAGUGUAUUUCAGAAGAUACAUACAGAUGUCAUGAUUAUGGGAACGCCUUCCAACGGAUACAGAUAUGUCGUCGCAGCAAGGGAUUCUUUGACCCGCUACGUGGAAGCGCGACCGCUACAGGCUGACAACGCCAAGGCAAUCGCGCGUUUCUUGCUCGAAGACAUAGUGUGUCGUUGGGGGUGUCCUAAGUGGAUUGUAACCGAUAACGCAGGACAAUUUGUCGCGGCGUUGAACUGGUUACAGAAGAAAUAUGGUAUCAAGGGAAUAAGGAUAUCUCCUUACAAUUCCCAAGCUAAUGGCACUGUUGAAAGAGGUCAUUGGGACGUUCGGCAGUCACUGUACAAAGCUACAGGGGGAAACGCCUCCAAAUGGUUUUGGUUCUUCCCACAGGUCUUGUGGGCAGAUAGAAUUACAGUGCGUCGCGGGCUGGGUUGCUCACCGUACUUCGCAGUAUGUGGGGCCCACCCUACCAUCCCUCUGGAUAUAGUCGAAGCUACGUGGCUAGUCGAAUAUCCUGACCGGAUCGUCGACUCUGCGGAUCUCAUUGGUCUCAGGGCACGCGCUCUAGCGAAACACGCCGACCAUAUUGAAGAUAUGCGCAGCCGCGUCAGCGAGUCCAAACUAAAGAUGGUUCAACGCUACAAACUCGAGUACAAGCAUGUGAUCAAAGAUUACAAUUUUGUACCAGGGGACUUAGUGUUGGUCAGGAACACAGCUAUUGAAAAAUCACUGGACAACAAGAUGAAAGCGAGAUAUCUUGGGCCCAUGAUUGUAGUUCGAAAGACCAAAGGAGGUUCUUACUUGGUCUGUGAAAUGAACGGUGCGAUGUUCCAUGCGAAAGUCGCGGCGUUCCGAGUAAUACCCUAUUUGGCAAGACAGAAGUUGACACUCUCUGAAGAUAUAAAGAAGCUGAUAGAUAUUUCGCCUACUAAACUCGAUGAGUUGGUGGAGGAAAUAUCUGACGUCCGCGACUACCAGUUCGAAGGUGUGAAACUCAAGAACUCGGAUAGUGACGACGACGACGACCCUGUAGAGGAUCCAGCUUCUGUUGAGUGA